AUCUCACAUGUAUGCCAAGUCUGCGAGCUGAAACCCGGAAAACAGGCCUCUAGGCCAGGGGCUGAGGCGGCCAUUUUACACCUACGUGGCUGCGUAGCUGCGUAACCACGGCUCCGAGGCGUAGCCCAACUUCCGGCAGCCGCCAUUGUUCUGGGAGAAGGGCUACAGCCUGGAGCGUUGGUGGUGGCGGUGAUCUCCGCGGUCUGACAGUUUGGCGCAGCGGAGCCCAGACAGCAAAGAGUUGCGAGCCUCGGAGAAUCCUGCAUUCCCGACCAGCAUUCACAAGAUACUCAGAAUCCUCGUGAUCUUAGUCACUGGCCCGGUAGAGACUAGAAAAUCUGCUGUUCAACACUGUGGUGUAUACAUUUCAUUCCAUUCUUCACCAUGUCUUCACAUAAGACCUUCAGGAUCAAGCGAUUCUUGGCCAAAAAACAAAAGCAAAAUCGUCCCAUUCCACAGUGGAUUCAGAUGAAAACUGGAAAUAAAAUCAGAUACAACUCAAAGCGAAGACAUUGGAGACGGACCAAGCUGGGUCUUUAAGAAAUUGCACACGAGUUUAUACAUAUACUAAGAUCAUUAAUGUCAAGUUUAAAAUGUCUCCACCGUUUAAACGACAUGCUUAUUUGGAAUAUUUUGUCUUUGUUCCUAUGAUUAAUAAACAUGUGAAACCUUUUGUUUGAAAAAUAAAAUUUUUGGAUGUGUGCUAGAAUUUAA